AUGGUGAGGAAGAAGAAGGGGAGGCAAAUUCUUAGUAUUGGAUUGCGAUCCUCAAGAUCAUCGCAAGCUGAGGAGGAUCUUAUUGAUACAACUUUCUUGGAAGAUGAUGAUGAUAUCAUGGGUUCAACAGGUCCGAAAGGGGAGAGGAAGAAGAAAUUGAUGGAGGAAAUUAUCAGAUCUGCUGAUUUCUUGCCGAAAUCUCAUCAAUCUUCACCUAAUGAAGGAAUUCAAGCUCGACAACUCAGCAAUGGUGGUGCCAGCAGUUAUUCUAGGGCUAGCUGGGCUGAUGAGGUUGAUCUUGAGGUGACUUCUCUUCCUUUUAUCCAGAAAUCUUCUAGUGUUCUUGGUUCAGAUCCAGACAUUUCAAAAUUGAUUUCAUCUCCAAACAUUGUUCCAUUAACGGAUAAAGGUAAAUCUGUUGGAAAUAGCGAUGUUGAAUUGGAAGCUGGUAACGCUGUUAAUGAUUCCCUUUCUAAAGAUUCUUUUAAUGCUUCCUUACCUAAAGAAUCUGAGAAUUCAAUUUUGAAAUCAAGUGAGACUGAAAAAUCUCUUGAUGAUGGAAUGCUUAAGGAGACGAGGAACACAGAGCCAAGAAAAUCUUUUGUCAGUUUGUUUGCUGAUAACAGAAAAUUAAGCAAUGGUUUAUCUUUAAAAUUCCUGCCAUCUUCUGUGCCAAAUUCUACCUCUUUUACAGCGGAUGAAUGGAAGGAAGGGGAGGAUCUAUGGAGUAAUGCAUUAAUUGGGCAUGUUAUUGGUUUGAAUGUCAAAUUUAAAUCCAUGGAGACCUAUAUUAGCAAAUUAUGGAGCAAUUUCUCUAUUCCGAAGGUCUCGUUAAUCAAGCAAGGCCUCUUUCUUUUUGAUUUUCAAUCUGAAAAACAUAUGAAGGAUAUUCUUGAGGAAGGCCCCUGGUUUUUUGGAUCUAGGCCUUUAAUGUUAAAACCUUGGAGUAUUGAUACUGAUUUAGACAAAAUACAGGACUUCUUCUACCCUCUAUGGGUUCAAUUUCCAAAUCUAAAGCUUAACCUCUGGAGUUCAACUGGUAUAAGCAAAGUUGCCAGUCUCAUUGGCAAACCUAUUGCAACAGAUAAGCUUACUGCCACAAGGCAAAGACUGAGCUAUGCUAGAGUACUUUUGGAAGUGAAUCUUCCCCUCAAGGAGCCUCUUCCUGACCAUCUUGUCAUUCAUGAUCCUGAUGGUAGAAGGCAUGUCCAGGAGGUGAUCUAUGAAUUUAAACCAAGGUGGUGCACACUUUGUAAUAAAGUGGGUCAUGAGACUGGGCAGUGUAGGAGAAAUACAAGAAAAAUAUGGGUACCUGUCAACAGGCACAAUGCACAAGUUCCUGAUGCUAAUAAAGUGCAACAUGCGGAUGCUGAGACUAAUGCUGAACAAGUGCAGUCUAAUAAUGUACCUGUUAACAGGCACAAUGCACAAGUUGCUAAUAAAGUGCAGCAUGCUGUUGUUGAGACUAAUUCUGAACAAGUGCAGCCAAAUAAUGCACAGGACAGACUUGCAAAAGAUGUUCUGGCAGAUAUCUCUGAGGUAAAUAUCCCUGGUACUGGUGCACACAAAUCAAAACAUGCACAGGAUGGUCCAAAACAUGCACAGACUCAGCUUGGGGAGGGGUUUGCUGGUUCUGAGACAAUAACUUCUGGUUUAGCUAAACAAUUUGAUCAACAGGGAGAGGCACAUUUUCAGUCUUCUCCUACUGUCAAUGUCACUGGAUUUACAAGUGUUGCUAAAACUAAAACUGCCAGAAAAAUCCAACCUAAUGUGUCUGCUCUUUUAGAAACCAAAGUGGCUGUUGAGAAAAUGAAGAUAAUAGCUACUAAAAUUGUAAAAGAUUGGCAAUGGACCUCUAAUGUGCAGCAUACUGCAAAUAAAGCCAGAAUUUGGGUUUUAUGGGAUAGCAAUUAUAUCUCUGUCCAGAACAUAAAUAGUUCUGAGCAGUUCAUGUCCUUCAAAGUGGAAUCUAAAGAUGGAAAGCUAACCUGUCUUUUUACAAUAGUUUAUGCUCUUAAUCAAAUGGAGGGUAGGAGGGAUCUUUGGCAGGAUCUUUUGGCUUUUAAAAGGACUGUAUCAGGCCCUUGGCUAGUAGGGGGUGAUUUCAAUGCUAUUCUUAAUGGUGAGGAGAAAAUGGGAGGUGCACAAGUAUCAGAUGCAGAAACAGAGGAUUUUCAAAUUUUCAUAGUUUCAAGCCAUCUCAAGCACAUUAAAUCCACAGGUUGCUUUUUUACUUGGAGCAAUAAACAUGAUGCACAUACAAGAAUCUGGUGCAGAUUGGAUAGAAUGCUAGUGAAUGAAGACUGGAUUUUACAAUAUACAUCCAGUCAGACAGAAUACUUAAUGCCUCUAUGUUCUGAUCACUCUCCAGGUCUAAUAACAAUCAGUGAUGAGCAAAUUGAAGGUAAGAGACCAUUUAAAUUCUUUGCUAUGUGGGCUAAACAUCCUGAUUUCCUGUCAACUGUCAGAACAGUUUGGGAACAACAGGUGCAGGGCUAUAAUAUGUACAGGUUCUACAUCAAGCUCAAAAAACUAAAACUUGUUCUCAGAGAUCUGAAUAAGAUGCACUUUAUGAAUAUUAGUGAGCAAGUUACUAGAGCUAAAUUUGAGUUGUAUGAAGUACAGUCUCAACUAAGUUCUGACCUGUUCAACUCAGUUCUGAUUUCAAAGGAAAAAGAAUGCAUCAAAAAGUACACACAUUUAUUGGAUUGUGAAAAUUCUUUCUACAGACAAAAAGCCAAUAUUAGUUGGGGUUUACAUGGGGAUAAGAGCACGCAACACUUUCAUUCUGUUAUGAAAAAUAAAAGGCAUCAUAAUAAGGUGUUGUCUUUAAUUUCUCAAAAUGGCACCAGGAUUUCUAAUCAGCAGAGCAUCAUCUCAGAAUUUGUUGAGUAUUACAAGAAUCUGCUUGGAUCCUCAGGUCUCACAACAGCACCCAAUCCUGAGGUUAUCAUUCAAGGGCCAAUUCUCUCUCCUAUCCACCGUACUGAGUUGAGCAAGCCUGUUACUAGGGAUGAGAUCAAACAUGCAGUAUUUACAAUGCCUGAUGGCAAAGCUCCAGGCCCGGAUGGUUUUAGUGCCUCCUUCUUUAAAUCUGCCUGGAAUGUGAUCAAAGAAGACUUGUUUAUGGCUAUUGAAGAAUUUUUUGUGUCAGGCAUGGAGUACUUGUCCAGGAGGUUAUCCAUGCUUAAGGAUGAUAAUUUGUUUAAAUUCCAUUCAAAGUGUUCUAGACUGAAGCUAACCCACCUAAUAUUUGCUGAUGAUUUAUUGCUGUUUAGCAAGGCUGAUUUAAGAUCAAUUACAAAGUUACAAGCAUGUCUGCAAGAAUUCUGUCAGGUUUCGGGCUUGGAAGCUAAUAUUGGCAAGUGCUCAGUCUACCUGGGUGGUGUUGAUGACAUCUUAAGAGCUCAAAUAUGCACGUUCCUGGGCUUUUCGGAGGGGAUGCUGCCAAUGAAAUACUUGGGUCUUCCAUUAACAACAAGGAAGCUAUCCCAUCUUGAAUGCUCCCCUCUAAUCAGUAAAUUAGCAGAUCAGUUUCUCAAUUGGCAGCAAAAUAGGAAGUUAUCUUAUGCUGGGAGAAUUCAACUGAUCAAAUCAGUUAUUCUUGGGGUUCAAACAUUUUGGUUUAGCAGCUAUAUCUUGCCGAUAAAAGUCCUUGAAAAAAUUGACAAGCUGUGUUCAUCUUUCCUAUAG